AUGCCGGGGAAUUUGGAGCCGUUGGACCUUGGAAUCCAAAUACCUUACCAUUUCAGAUGCCCAAUCUCUCUCGACCUAAUGUCCGAUCCAGUAACCGUCUCCACCGGCCAGACUUACGACCGCACCAGCAUCGAGUCAUGGAUCGCCAUGGGUAACACCACUUGCCCCGUCACACGCGUCGCUCUCUCCGACUUCACUCUCAUCCCUAACCACACUCUCCGCCGUCUAAUUCAAGAGUGGUGCGUCGCUAACCGCUCUAACGGCGUCGAACGGAUUCCCACGCCGAAACAGCCGGCGGAUCCGAUUUCCGUUCGUUCUCUCCUCAGCCAAGCCUCCGCAAUUUCGGGAACUCACGUCUCUGUUCGCUCACGCGCCGCCGCGAUUCGUCGUCUAAGGGGAUUGGCUAGAGAUAGCGAGAAGAAUCGGGUUCUGAUCGCUGGUCACAACGCGAGGGAGAUUCUCGUGAGAAUUUUGUUCGCCGAUGUUGACGCCGGACGGGAAUUUUCGUCGUCGGAGCUUGUUUCCGAGUCACUCGCUCUCUUGGUUAUAUUUCAUAUGACGGGGGAAGAGUGUGAGUCAAUUGCGUCGGAUCCGGGUCGGGUCGGGUUUAUGACCCGGUUGUUGUUCGACUCUUCGAUUGAAAUCAAGGUAAACGCCGCCGCGUUGAUAGAGAUGGUGUUGACCGGAUCGAAAUCGACGGAUCUGAAAGUGAUAAUCUCCGGAUCGGAUUCGAUUUUCGAAGGCGUUCUCGACCUUCUCAAAAACCCGAUUUCGUCACGGCGAGCUCUGAAGAUCGGAAUCAAAGCGCUUUUCGCUCUCUGCCUCGUGAAACAAACGCGACACCUCGCGAUCUCCGCCGGAGCUCCGGGGAUUCUAAUCGACCGUCUCGCGGCGGAUUUCGACAGGUGCGAUACGGAGCGGGGGUUAGCGACGGUUGAGCUUCUUUGCCGGCUACCGGAAGGUUGCUCGGCUUUCGGAGAGCACGCAUUGACGGUGCCGCUUAUGGUGAAGACGAUCUUAAGAGUGUCGGAUAGAGCGACGGAGUACGCGGCGGGAGCGUUGCUGGCACUUUGCACGGCGGAGGAACGGUGUAGAGACGAGGCUGCGGCGGCGGGAUUGGUGACGCAGUUGCUGCUUCUGGUGCAGAGCGAUUGUACGGAAAGAGCAAAGAGGAAAGCUCAGAUGCUUUUGAAGCUUCUCAGAGACUCUUGGCCGGACGAUACAAUUGUCAACUCCGACGAUUUCGGUCGUAGCGAAGUGGUGCCGUUUUGA